AGUGUGAGUGGAGGUCAGACCUGACCGAAACGUCUGUCAUGUCUUCAUUGAUGUGUACGCUGCGGACCGGCGGCUCGUGGUGGUGCAGCCUGAGCCUGCCGGCCCGGCUGAGGACGCCUCGCCUCUCCAGGACCUGCUCGUCUCGCGCGUCGUCAGACUCCCACUGGCUCUCUGCUGCAGACCGGGAUCGGCUGGUGAUGGAGCUCCAGGCCACCGGCUGGAUGCAGGUGGAGGACCGGGAUGCCAUUUGCAAAGAACUUCACUUUAGAACCUUUAAUCAGGCGUUUGGCUUCAUGUCCCGUGUGGCUCUGCAGGCGGAGAAGAUGAACCAUCACCCUGAGUGGUCCAACGUUUAUAAUAAGGUACACAUCACGCUGACCACGCACGACUGUGGAGGACUCUCCAAACGGGACAUCAAAAUGGCCAAGUUUAUUGACCAAAUUGCUCUUCCUGGUUAAUUGUUUUGCAUUUCGAUCAAAUUUGCACUUUUUCUAGCGUCCAUGCUGUUGUUUUCAACACUGGUGUGAGGAAUCCGUCUUUUUCGUGUA